AUGGCCAAUAUCGACAAACUCAACAUUGACAGCACCAUCCAACGGCUGCUGGAAGUGAGAGGGUCCAAGCCUGAUAAGAACGUCCAGCUCCAGGAGAAUGAAAUCCGAGUUCUCAAAGGAAACCACGAAUGUGCCAGCAUCAAUAGAAUUUAUGGCUUUUAUGAUGAAUGUAAAAGAAGGUACAACAUUAAGCUCUGGAAAACGUUCACAGACUGCUUUAACUGUUUGCCGAUAGCUGCCAUCGUGGAUGAGAAGAUAUUCUGCUGUCAUGGAGGUUUAUCACCAGAUCUUCAAUCUAUGGAGCAGAUUCGGCGAAUUAUGCGACUAACUGACGUCCCAGAUCAAGGUCUUCUUUGUGAUCUUUUGUGGUCUGACCCCGAUAAAGAUGUCUUAGGCUGGGGUGAAAAUGACAGAGGAGUGUCCUUCACAUUUGGUGCUGAAGUGGUUGCAAAAUUUCUCCAUAAGCAUGAUUUGGAUCUUAUAUGUAGAGCCCAUCAAGUGGUUGAAGACGGAUAUGAAUUUUUUGCGAAGAGGCAGUUGGUCACGCUGUUUUCUGCGCCCAAUUAUCGUGGAGAGUUCGACAAUGCAGGGGCCAUGAUGAGCGUGGACGAGACGCUCAUGUGCUCUUUCCAGAUUUUAAAGCCUGCAGAGAAAAAGAAGCCGGACGCCACCAGACCUGUAAUGCCACCAAGGGUUGCAUCAGGCCUGAACCCGUCCAUUCAGAAAGCUUCAAAUUAUAGAAACAAUACUGUUCUAUACGAGUGA